UGCCAAGGCCCAAACCCUAAAACAAUCAUCGGAGUUCCCCGACGCCGAUUGGCGACAGCCGAAGCCGACACCCCUCUCCGACGCCGCCACAGCCUGGGGCAAGUCACGGACGGAGAUCUCUGCGGAGCUACCCGUUUGUCUGCUUUCCUUCGUAUUGGUUACUAGUCUGUUGCUAUGGGGAAAUCCAAAGACAAGAAGGGUUCGCGGGAAGCGAAGGAGGACAAGAAAUUGGCGCUUGGGGUGAAGAGGAAGCAGCUGAAGAGGAAGAAGGACAGAGUGUUGGAAUGUGCCGUCGAUAGCGAACCCGCUGCCGGGCAUGGCGUUAAAGAAGAAAAAGAAUUGCCAAGGAGAAAGAAAAUUCCAUUGGUGAAGCAGAAGAAGAAAAAUAAGCAUGCCAAUGUUAAGAGUAAUCAUGAUACGGCAGAUGCUGUGGUGGAAUCACUGUCAGACAGUAAAUAUGAUGCUCCACUGAAGCUAAAGAAGAAGAGCAAAAAGAAGCAAAUGGAAAGUAGCAGUCCUGCAGUCGUAUAUGAAAGUUCAGUUGUUACUGAAGAUGCUGGAGCACCUAAGCUGAAGAAAAAGAAAAGGAAGGUAAAGGGAGGGAAGGCCUCUGCUGGGAUUACUGACGCAGAAGAAAUUCUGCAUGAAAAUCAAAAUGAAGAAACUAGUGCACUGAGUGAAGAUGUGGAUAAUGAAGAGCCUCAGAAAUUAAAGCGGGGAAAGAAAAUGGAAGUUAAAAAAUCUGGGAAGGCCAAGAAGAAAGACAAGCAUGCAUCGCGUAAAGAUAAUAACAACUUGGAGGGACAUGUUGAUGUUAGUGCUGCAAACGCUGAUGAGAUUCCAUUAGUUGAUGAAGACUGCUCUAGAGGAAUGAAAAAAUGGAUCUUGGAGUACAAACAGAAGAGACCUGGCUUGAAAGCCUUGCAGGAAGCAAUAGAUGAAUUUAUUGUUGCUCAUGAGGAACAACAAGAGAAGGAGAAGAAAGAGAGAGAGGCCCGCGCAGCAGAAGAUGGAUGGACAGUUGUGGUUCAUCACAAGGGGAGGAAAAAGACCACAGAUACUGAAACUGGAACGGCUGUUGGCUCUGUAUCUCUUGGUGCAAUGCAACAUAAAAUGGCUAAAAUGAAACCCAAGGAAGUUGAUAUGAACUUCUACAGAUUUCAGAAAAGAGAAGCCCACCUCAGUGAACUGGCAAUGUUGCAGAGCAAGUUCCAGCAGGAUAAGAAAAGGAUACAGGAACUUCGGGCCCAGAGGAAAUUCAAGCCUUACUAAUUCUGCUCAAAUCUUAAAGAUGGCCAAAGGAUGGUCACUCGCAACAAACAAUUUUGAUUUGCUGGAUAUUAUCUUACCAUGUAUGGUUCUUGGCUGAAACAAUAUCAACUGUAGACUGUCUUGCAUUUGCGGGUGCCAAUAUAUGUUAUUUUUUAGUCA